UCUAUGGAGAACAUUAAAUCGAUGGAUUGUAAAAGCAUACUAAACUAAGAAAAUAUACGUACAUCACUAAAUAAAAAAAUAAAUUCUAGCAAGAUGGACGUUUAUUGCCCGUGCGAAAUAUAAAACCCGAAACCUACAUUUAUAGAAUUACAUGAAAGACAAAAUAGACCAAUAAAAUGUAUAACGGCAUCGGUUUGACGACACCCCGAGGCUCUGGCACCAAUGGAUAUGUUCAAAGAAAUUGGGCUUCAGUGAGAAAAACAAAAGAUUCUGUGAACUAUCGCACUGAAGAAGAAAUAGCAAAAUUGGAUUCGGCAUCAAACAAACAACCUAAUCAAGAAAUCCUUGAUCAUGAAAGGAAGAGGAAGAUUGAAGUCAAGUGCGCAGAACUUGAAGACAGUCUUGAAGAGCAAGGGUUGCCGAAGGAGGAGAUAGCUGCUCGGGUGGCCGCCUUCAGAGCGAAACUCGCGGAGACUGGUGCCGGGGACAAGGUCGUGCCCAGAGACGAGUUCGGGAGGGUAGCCGUUCGUGAAACGCACGCGAUCGCCGAGGCGCAGCAAGAGAAAAACGCGAGAUUGCGCGACGCGUUCGGUAUCUCGCCUCGUUUCGUGGAGGGCACCAGCCUGGACUCGGAGCGGCGGGCGCGGGAGCAGGCCCAGCGGUACCCUCUAGUUCGCACGCCGAGCCACGAGAGGGAGGCGCACGAUGUGCACGUCACCAAAAAGAAGAAAAAGAGAAGUACAUCACCAGAAGCUAAGAAGUUAAAGAAGAAAAAGUCGAAGAAGAAUAAGAAAGAGAAACAGGUGACACUUCAGUUGUCCAAGAGCGAAAGAAAAUUGUUAUGGGAUUACAUUCGUAGACAAGAAUCAAACAAGAAGAAGAAAAAGCGUUCCAAAUCACCGGAUACGGACAGCUCGAGUAGUUCCGAAGCGGCCCAGGACAGCGAUUCCGGCAGCUCCGAAGAUGAGAAGCAGAAAAAGAAGAAAAAGAAAAAAUCGAGUAGCCGGCGUCGUGGCAGUAGUGAGGCGUCGAGUCGUGAGAGCUCUCCAGUUAAAUACAGUAAAGAGAAACCACGAGAACGUAGGAGUGAGAGCAGACAGGACGAUGUACAAAACAGGAAAAAGGAUAAGGAGCGUGGGGAAAGAAAAAGAUAUGACAAAAGAGAUGAAACUGCCAACAGGAAUUCUCGACAGGAGUCUAGCAAGAGGCGGGACGAUCGUAGCACCUCGAGGGAUGAACGUGAACCUUCACCCGAAUACCGGCAUAGAUCAUAUAUUACCAAAGUAGAAAAUAGAACACAAAGGGAACCGUCUAGAGAAAGUGGAAGACCAAAAACGACGCGGCACUCCAAACACGGCCGUCACUCCUCUCCCGAAUCGGAUUCUGAAGAACCGCCACCCAAGCGUAAAGCAGAAAAAAGAGACAAAAGACAACAUAACAGGGACACUAGUUCAUCUCCACCACCCGAAAAGAAGCGGCGCAAAAGCCCCACGCCUGAUAGGAGAAGAGCCGAUAGUCCGAUCAGAGAAAGCUAUUACAACAAGAAAGACACAGGUAGAAAUCGAAAAGAGAGUUCGCCGCGGGAAGAUUUGAGAAUGCAAAAAAGAAGUGAAUCUCCUGAUUACAGGAAGAGGAGACAGGAAGAUUAUUACAGGAAUCAAAAAGAAGAAAAGUAUGAAAAGAGUAAAAAAAGUAAUCACGAUCGAUAUGAAGAAGAAUCGUUAAAGCGCCGGGACAAAGAGAGAGAAAGUUACGAUGAACCACCCAGGCGCAGGAAAAAUAGAAGCCCUUCAAGGGAUAAGCGGGACACGUCACCCGAAUAUAAAGACCGAUCUCCAGUAAAUAAGACAUAUAAAAAUAGGGAAUCUCGUCGAGAAAUAGAACGGUGUUCUAAAAAUUCUAAAUCAGAAAGAAAGCCGUCAACAUCAGAUUCAGAAUCUGAAAGACCUUCUAAAUACGCGACAGAUAAAAGUUCGAAAAACAAGGCUCGUCACCAUAAAGAGAAAAGUAUAUCUCCGCUUCCUAGAGAACAGCGGAGACAGAGCCCCUCAGAACAACAAGGUCGAAAAAGAAAGGAAUCACCACCUUCCAAAAACAAAUCUGAUAAAUAUAAAACAAACAAAAACACAGAUAACAGACGGGAACGAAGCCGCUCAAGAAGAAAGUCGCCAUCACCCGAUGUAAGAGGAAAGCGUAAAAGAUCCCUAUCUAAGUCCGAAUCUCUUUCUCCAGAUCGUAAAAGUUCAAAGAAGAAUAAAUUGGGUGAUAAUCCACCAAAUAAUUUAAAGAGUAAAAAGUCUGAUCGCCGUAUGUCCACACCUAAGGGUGAUCUCAAACAUGAUAAAAACCGCAAACAUGAGCGUCGCGAUUCUCACAGAGACAAGUCGCGAUCUCGCUCUGCGCGAAAAAGCAGAAGUACGUCUAGUCUCAGUUACUCCCCGGCGCGGCGGAGCCCCGAGCGCUACCGCGACAUCAUAGAGAAGCUACCAGAAAAAGAUAAACGUAAAUACAUAAAAUCACCGUCUGACUUGCAACCAAAGAAAAAGAAAAGUAAGGAGUUAGUAGAGAAUUAUAAGCCGAUGGCAGUCUGCCUGAGAAGCUCCUCGAGCGAGAACGACGACUCCGCGGACGACUACCUCAGGGUGGACGAGCGAGCUCGCCAGGAUGAGCUCGACAUCGAGGAGCUGAAUAGAUUGAAAGAAAAAAUGGCCAUGAUGGCAAAAGCGUCGAAGCGGUGGAUCGAGGAGACGAACGGGCCGUCGACGUCCCACGCCGGCCGGGAUGAGUCGAAACCGGACGACGACAAGUCGAAAGACAAAAUCUGUUCAGGGACAGAAAAGGAGAAGUCUCCGGUGGUCGUCGAGAAGAAAGCCAGUCCGGCGCCGGCUAGUCCUAAAAAAGAGAAAAGUCCCAAGGUAGCGGAGAACUCGCCCGACGCGAAACGGCACGACAGGAGCGCUUCCCGGCGCAGCUGGUCACGCUCGUGGUCGCGUUCGCGACGCUCGUCUCGUUCGGCUCGUUCGGCCCGCUCGGCUCGCUCGGCUCGCUCGCCACGUUCGCGCUCCAAGUCCCGUUCGCGGUCUGUCUCCCGCUCACGCUCCCGCUCGUCCCGUUCGAGGUCGCGCUCCUACUCCUCGUCCAGGCGUUCUCGUUCUAGUCGCUCCAGCUCGUACAGCAGUCGCAGCUCGUCGCGGUCCUCGCGCAGUUCCUCCAGGUCCACGCGCUCGUCGAGAACAAUGACGGGCGUGUACGCCGAUUACCGUAGAUCGAGCCCGUCGGCGGCACGCAGCCGCUCGCGCUCGCCGUCCAUCCCGCGGCGCGCCGGCUCGCCCAGUUUCUUGGACCGGCGGCGCAUCACGAGCGCCCGAAAGCGUCCGAUACCGUACCGGAGGCCGACCCCGUCGACGCCGACCAGCGGCAGUUACUACAGCAGUAGAUCCUCGCAAAGAAGCUGGUCCAGAUCACCGCCGCAAGCUGAGCACGACUAAUAGCAAUUUGGAACAAAUUACCGUAUUAGCAAAAAUAGGAAAUAUUAGAUAAUCGGGAUUUUUCCAGAAUUACUAAUUAUACUACUGGUAAGAAUAGUAGGGUAGUAUUUUCCCCACUUUAUCUACUAAUUUAACUAAUUAUUACUAAUGUACGCAACAUAGCAGUUUUACUAAAAUAAUCAUUCUACUAUUUUGUUUCAUAUUUUCACAUUGUUUUUAAUUUUCUUGUUAGUAAAGCUUAAAAUUAUCCUACUAUUCUUAUUUGGUGGUAAUUCUUGGAAAUGCCAUAUGAGUCUCAUCUAGUUCAUUUCAAGGGAACAAACAGCGAGCCGUAAGCUUUCAAUUUCUGUAGAACAAACCGUUUACGAGAUGUUUAACAGUUUCAGUUCAAAUGAUAAUCGUAAUUAGACAAGUAUAAGUUCUAUGGUGCAUUAUUGCAGUGAUAUAUAUACACGUUCAAAUUGAUAUUAUUUAUUGAUUACUUAAUAUUCAUUAUAUUUAUUCUAGUCAUUUAUUUAUUAACUAAAAAGUUUGAAUACUGAAAGUAGAAAAUCGUAAAGACACGAUAUGAGCGCACGUAAUAUACUAGUACAACGCAAUACAUGAUCAUAUUGACUGAUAAAAUAUGUGUAAUAAACAUAUUUAUAUUGCUGAGUGAUGUUUACAGACGAUAAUUUAUAGAUGUUUAAGGUGAAUAUAUUAUUUUUGCGUUCUUAUAAAAAAAAAUACGCGAUUUAAAUAUCAAAUGUGUAGUCUCUAGGUUUUUUAUAUCUAGUCAAAAGUUUUACAAACUGCGAUCAUUCAUUCCAAAAUUAAUUAUUUUUAUUUCUGAUCUCAUAUUUAUACUCUUUUUUUUUUUGUUAAAAGUUAUGUUGUUGAUAAUAUUAUUUGUAUAAUUUUUUUUUUUUUUUUUGUAAAUGGUACAUAACUCAUUAGUACCAGAUGUACUUUACAUUAAUAGUCAUUAAGUACCGACGUUUUAGAGUAUAGUGCAAUAUAUUUAUUGACAACUGCAGGUAUUUACACUAAUUUAUUUAAAUAUUUUAAUUCUCUAGUCACAGUAACUUAUUUAUUUUAUAUUAAAUUAAGAUAUUGUUAUUGAUAUUAAAACGAUAGUUAUUAGUGAUAAAGACUAGUCGAAAUAUUGUGUAUAAUAAAAUUUAAACAACUGAUCUACUAUUACUAUUUAUUAAGCAAUAAAUGAAACGUGAAAGAUGAAUUCGAUAAUAAAACAAACUCUUGUAACGACAACAAUAUUUAUUAUAAAAUUAUCGUAAUGUAUAAAUUGUAAAUGUAUCAACAUUUAUACAUAUAUAUAUAUUUAUACAGUUUAAAGGGAAAUCAUCUCGAUCCUCAUACCCAUAUUUUUUAUAACUUGUAAAAAAAUCAUGCGAUAUAUCUAUGCUACAUACACCCACGUGGAACAAUUCCGACUUAUUAAUUUAUAAUUUUAUUCGGUUAUUGUCAACCAGUAUUUUGGAGAUUGAUUUCCCUAAAACUUUGUAAAUAUAACAAAUAUCUUGCACCGCUAAACGAAAGAAUUGAUUCGAUUUGAUAAUAACAGCAUAUACUUAGACGAUUACACAGAAUAUAUUAGACAAAAUAUCUAACGAUUUAAUGGAUUCAAUUGCUGUUGUCAAAUAAAUUAAUAUAAAAAGAAUUG